AUGAUCAACAAGGCAACGACUUCACCACAACGUACACACUGCGCAACACAACUAACGACAAUCGACGAGUAACGGACAACAAUCAAAGAAAAGUAAAAGACAACAACGUGAAGAGUUUCCACAAAGAAAAGGAGGCACGUCACCUAGCUGAGGAGGAAGCACGUCGCCUGGCUGAAGAGGAAGCACGUCGCCUGGCUGAAGAGGAAGCACGUCGCCUGGCUGAGGAGGAAGCACGUCGCCUGGCUGAGGAGGAAGCACGUCGCCUGGCUGAGGAGAAGCACGUCGCCUGGCUGAAGAGGAAGCACGUCGCCGUGUUGAUGUGGAUUUAG